UGGAGUUCGGAGGUGUUUCCACCGGCCUAAAGGAUUCUUUCACGAAGUUAUCAUUCGAUUGUAAUACCGGCUUCAUCGAAACAUUUUGGCAACCUUUUUCCGCGAAAAUAUCAAGGUUUGGUGAACAGUUUCGCAAACAUAAAGUGAGAAACAAACUAGAUCGUCAAAUAAAGGAUUCUUCAAAGAUCUUAUAUAAAGAGUUAACCUUCUGGAUUCGCGAACAAUUUGGAGGCAUAACAAGAUCAAAACGUUUAGGAUCUAAUCUGAAGUCUUCAAUAUUCAUAAUCUUUUUGAAUUAAAGUACCACCAAAAGUAUUUCUGUACAAAACGGCGCUCCAUGUUUGGUAAAACACAAUGUCGAAAAACGUGACCCGGGAUUUAAAUUGGCUGCACUUUUUGCUGUCCAUGUUGGCUUUGCUGCAGGUGACCCUUUGUCAGCCCUAUCAGUUGCCGCACCGCUGCUCGAAUCGCUUGGAGAACGCACUGGAGCACAUGAGGCGUCGGAGUGUCCAGACCAAGAGCUCCUCCACCUCGCGGGCCAUGUGGAACCCACCGCCGCAGAGUCCCUACCAGUUGUACCACAGUUUCUACGGGCAGCACAGCGAGCCGGAGGAGGACUUCUACAAUGUGGGAGGUGGAUCCUACCACUCGGGGCGUGGCUACCACGCUAAGUUGCUCCACAGAAACGGACAGGCACACCCGUUCUCCGAUUCCAGUGGAGGCUUGGAGCUGGAGGAUCUGCUUGCGGUCAACCAGCAGAGCCAGCAGCACCGGCAGCCCCACAAGUUGGCCAUUUCCCGGGUGGAUGUGGAGGAUCUGAAGGUGAGGGUGCCGCCGGCAAAAUCCGCGAACCGCUGGGUGGAAAUCGACAAGUGCAAGUUCAGCACGGAAAACUCCACUCUGGACACCCGAUUGAUUUUUCCGGAUCUUACACUGAGCGGAAAGGUGGUGAUGCAACCGAUGGGUGGAAAGUGUCACAUGAUUUUGAGACUGCGACAUGCGGGCAUUGAAUUCCGAACAGUUCCAUUGGGUUAUGAUUCCGGAUCUUCGAACUAUGAACAAUCCAGGAGAUUGGCAGCUGCUUCGGUGCGUACGGAUUCCCACUUUGCCGAGCCAGGAUUCAUAUCCGUGUUUGCCCAUGGCUGCCAGGGACCCAGUGGCAUUCGUCUGCGGCAGAACUCCAAGCGGAGAUUCGGAAGUGCUCCCGAUGUGGAACUGGGUGAACCGCAUGUGAUCCUGGGCAGCAAGAGAGCGCAGCGGUGGGGCAAGUACCAUCACGGAGGUGCCCCACAGCCGGCCUACGACAUCCGCGGAGGUCAGAAUCCGCAGAGGGACCACAGCUUGGAGCUGGGCAGCGAUAGCCAGGCCCAGGAUUCCGGGGAGUUCAUCGACGUGAACGGCGACAACUUCUACCGGCGGCAGUUCAAAAAGAGGAGGCGCCGGCGGCGCUUCGCCCCCGAGAACUUCGAGGACCAGCUGAACUUCAGCCAGGACGUGCUGCACUUCGAGGACGAGCAGCUGCAGCAGCUGGUGGAGCCGGAUGCCCGGGCCUUUGCGGACAUCUUCAGCGGCAGUGGCUCGAAUCUGGGCGGGGAUCGCGAGGAGCUGGUGGGCGAGGCCAUGUCCCACGAGCUGGAGAAGCUCUUCUCGAUGGGGGUGCGCGGCCUGCUGACCACCUACAUGCAGCGGGCCCUCCAGCCGGCCAUCAAGGAGACCCUGAUGGAGAACAUGGGCUACACCCUGAGCUACGGCUGAAUUCACCUCCCUCCCCCCUCGGGAAUCCCUAGUUUA